GAUCCCAAAGUUCCUGCGGCUGCUGGAAUGCAAUAUUUCCAUCUCUUGUGCUACCAAGAGCCACCGUCGCAAAACAAGCAGCUCUGCCUUGUCUUCCAUGAGAUGCAACAGCAGCCACCAUCGUCUCACCAGCAUCACCACCAGGAGCAGCCGCAAUUCCUCGGCCACACAGGAGGAACAGGAACUGGAGCUGGAGCUGGGACUGGAUUUGGAUUCGGAGUAGGCGGAGCCAGCAGCGGCGGAGCUGGGAUUCAUCACAACGACGGUGGCUUGCGGGAGUUGCUGGUCGAGUGUGCAGCCGCGGUAACGUCCUCCGACUGGCACCGAGCUAUCCGCUGCCUCGUCCACCUGAGCCGCGCGGCCUCCCCGCACGGCGAUGCGGUCGAGCGCCUCGCCUUCUACUUCUCCGCUGCGCUCGCUCGAUGCCUCUGCUCGCUGUCCGCUCCCUGCGCCUCGGAAAUCCGGUCGCUACUCCGCUUGAACAACCUCCACUUCCUGCUCGAGGAGGACCAGCCGCCGCCAUCUUUCGAGGAUGACUUGUUCUACUACUCGGGCGGAGCCGAGGAGGCCUAUCUCGCUCUUAACCAGGUGACGCCUUUCAUCCGCUUCUCACACCUCAGCGCCAAUCAGGCCAUCCUGGAAGCCGUCGACAACGAGCGAGCCGUCCACAUUGUCGACCUCGGGAUCAUGCAGGGUCUCCAGUGGCCGCCGCUGAUGCAAGCUCUGGUUGAGAGGCGGCGGCUCAAGCAGCUCGAGGAGGAAGAACAGCAGCAGCAACAGCCACCACCUUCGUCGCCAAGUUCGCUAGAGCACGAAGAGCAAUCCUCCGAAGUUGGCCGUCAAGCUCACGGCGAGGAGCCACCAACGUUGUCGUCCUCGUCCUCGUCCUCGUCCACCACUUUGACGCUGAGAAUCACCGGCACCGGUCCCUCGAUCUCGCUCCUCGAGCAGACUGGAGCCAGGCUGCGAGACUUCGCACGAACUCUCCAUCUCGACUUCGAAUUCGACGCGGUCUGUACCACCAGCCGCCAUGUCGUGGCUUCGCUCCAGCAGCACCUCGAGCUCCGCCGCGGCGAGGCGCUCGUCGUCAAUUGCAUGACACAGCUGCACAAGCUGCUGCCGGCUGCGCACCGUGCGGCACUGCCCCACGCGCUAGAGUUUAUGAGAUCGCUGUGCCCCCGGAUCCUGACGGUCGCGGAGAAGGAGUCGGAGCACGACCUGAGCCAGAGCUUCCUCGAGAGGUUCCUGGUGACGCUGGACCACUACGCGGCUGUCUUCGACUCCCUGGAAGCUACACUGCCACCGCGAAGUCCCCAGCGGCUGAUGAUUGAGCGGCUUGUCCUGGCCAAAGAAAUAUCCGGCAUUGUCCUCGAGGACGGAGGUGGCGACGACGAGAACUUGGCUGUGGUCCGGCACCAGAGCUUCGGCAAUUGGAGACGAGACAUGGAGGCUGCAGGGUUCCAACUUGUACCACCCAGCGAUUUUGCGAUUGCUCAGGCAAAGCUGCUACUCCGGUUGCACUAUCCUGCUGACGGGUACCGGCUUCUGGUGGAGAACCAGCACGGCUCCCUGUUUCUAAGUUGGCACGACAAGCCCCUGGUUGCUCUCUCCACUUGGAGUUGCUGAAUCACAUCCGCUGCUCGUAUUGAAGGCCUCGUUUCUGAGAUCGUUACUAGUCUCACAACCGAAGAAGAGAACCUCCUCUUGCUUCCUCUUUUCCUGCUAAUCCCCCAAAAAUUAUUUUUCUCCUGCUGAUAACCAGUGAAGAUUAACCGGCCAAACCCAGAACUUUGCAGGAUGGAGUCA